AUGAAGAACCAAGGAGAUGCCAUCAAGAAGCUUGAAUCCCAAGUAGGAUUUCUUUCUCAACAAAUUCCCAAAUCCACUGAUAUUUUUCCAAGUGAUACUGAGAAGAACUCAAGAGGAGAAACAAAGAAGGUGAAAGGGGAAGAAUGCAAGGCUAUCACUCUAAGAGGUGAAGAGAUUUUGGAGGAAGAGAUUUGUAGGCCAUCAGAGCAUACCCAAGGGGCUUCAAAGGAGAAGUUAGAAGAGAUAAAACAAGAAAUUGACCUUGCACAAGGGAAGAAGCCAAUGGAGAAGGAAAUCUUGAAAACUUAUGUCCCAAAAGCAUCAUUCCCUCAGAGACUCAGGGGUGGUGAAAAAGAGAUGACGUAUUCUAGGUUCCUAGAUAUAUUUACAUCUCUUCAUAUCAACAUUUCCUUCAUUGAAUCCCUCCAACAGAUGUCCUCAUAUAUCAAGUGCAUGAAGAAGUUGCUAACCAAGAAGAGUACCUUAAAGAGUGGACAAACAGUAGUGAUGACUAAGGAGAGCAGUGCCCUUAUCCAGAAGGAUUUGCCCAAAAAGAAUAAGGAUGCAUGGAGUUUUCACAUCCCUUGUGUUAUAGGGGAUACAAUGAUUGACAAAGGGUUUUGUGAUCUGGGAGCAAGUAUAAAUCUAAUGCCUCUAUCUCUCAUGAGGAAGCUGCAAAUCAAUGAGUUAAAACCUACAGAUGUAACCCUCCAAUUGGCUGACAAGACCCAAAAACAAGCAUUAGGAGUGGUCGGAAAUGUACUAGUAAAGGUAGGGAGGUACUUCCUCCCUACAGAUUUUGUUGUUCUAGAGAUGGAAGAAAGCUACAUUCAUCCAAUCAUUUUAGGGAGACCAUUCUUGGCCACAGCCAGAGCACUUAAAGAUGUUGAGCAAUGA